UUUCUGAGGGUAGAGAAGGUUUUGUAAAAUGCCACUGUGCAAUAGCAAAUUAAUGAAAGAAAAAGAGAAAAAAAAUGAUAUUCUAGCACAUGCACCUUGUGCCGUAACCAGUGCAAUAGUAGUAGAUGUUUACGGAGUACUCCACAAAGUUGGAAUUAUCGCCAACAUUCAAAAUUAUGACUUCCACUCUACCAGUAGUCAUAUCACUUCAAUUCCUGAAAUCAAUAUUUUCCUUCAUACAAACAAAAAUUGGACAUCAUUGCACAUUUGCACUAGUACUUGUAGUGUUAUUGCAUUUCAAACACGUCAACCGAACUUUUUUUUAAUUAAAAAAGCCUAUAAAUUGCGCUUAAAUCGGUUCAAAUUGACGAGGCACAUUUCACAUUUUGGCCACUUUGUUACACAUUUGUGGCAGAGUCCAAACUCCAAACUGUAUCAAGGUAUUUGUGGGCGCUUCUCUUUGUUCGAUCGGAUUCACCCAUUCCCGCGCAGCGCGCAAGCCAUGCCGCGCGACGGCGAUGGCCAUGGCCGCCGCCGUCCUCCUCCUCCUCCUCCUCCCGGCCACCCACCCAACCUGCCCCCUCACGUCCCCUACUCCCGCGCGCUGCAGCAGCGCCUCUACCUCCUCGCCCAGCACCGCCGCCGCCGCAUCCCCCCGGGCGACGGCGACGCCUCCGCCGCCCGCCGCGCGCUCGACCAGCUCCACGCGCAGGUGGUCCUCAACGGCUUCCCACGCAAGCGCUUCCUCCUCGCCAAGCUCCUCUCCCUCGCCGCCGCCGCCGCCGACCUCCCCCGCGCAGAGUCCCUCUUCCUCGCCGCCCCCGCGGCCGAGUGCUCCUCCUCCACCUCGUCGUCGACGCCCACCCUGGCCAACCUCGUUCUCCGCGCCGCCGCGUCGUCCCGCGCGCCGCCGGACCGGCUGGUGGCACUCUUCUCGCGCCUCGUUUCCCGCCACGGGUUCCGCCCCAACGCCUUCUCCUUCUCCACGCUCCUCGCUGCCCUCGCGGACGCGGGCGCCGCGGCGCUCCCACACGGCCGCGCUCUCCACGCCCGCGCGCUAGCGUGCGGGCUAGUGCUGUCCAGUGGGCACGUGCUGACCAGCCUCCUUGAUCUUUAUGCGGCGGCUGGGCAACUGGGGGAGGCCCGGAGGGUGUUCGACGAAAUGCCUGGCAGGACCGUGGCAGCAUGGAAUUGCAUGCUUGCGGCGUAUGUUCGGUGCUGUGAGAUGGACGCCGCAUUGUGGUUCUUCAAUGAGAUGCCUGGGAGAGACUCUGUGGCGUGGACAACGAUGAUUGCUGGUUGCGUGAAUGCCGGGAAGGCAGCAGAGGCGGUUGAGCUGUUCUGGAGGAUGAGGAAGGCAAAUGCGAAGGUUGACGCUGUGACCAUGGUUGCUUUGCUUACGGCCUGUGCCGAGCAGGGAGACCUGCGGCUCGGGCGGUGGGUGCAUGCCCAUGUCGAGCAGGAAGGACGACAGUGGCGGACUGUUUUGCUGGACAAUGCACUCAUCAAUAUGUAUGUGAAGUGUGGGGCUGUGGAGGAUGCGCACCGCUUAUUCCUGGUGAUGCCAAGGAGGAGUACCGUCUCAUGGACGACUAUGAUCUCAGGGCUUGCGAUCCAUGGCCGCGCCGAGGAGGCACUAGACUUGUUUCACAGAAUGCAGGAGCGUCCUGAUGGUGCUACUCUGCUUGCAGUGUUGUUGGCAUGCAGCAAUGCAGGGAGGGUUGAUGAUGGACGACAAUACUUUCAGAGUAUGGAAAGAUUUUACGGGAUCACUCCAGGGAUACAGCACUACGGCUGCAUGGUUGACAUGCUCUGCCACGGGAAGCAAUUGCGUGAAGCAAUUGAGUUUGUGGAGACAAUGCAUUUGCAGCCUAAUGAUGCUGUGUUGGGCGCACUACUUAGCGGAUGCAAGAGGGAAGGCAAUCUUGAGCUCGCAGCACAAGUGAUUGAAAGGUUGAUUAGGCUGCAGCCAGAGCGAGCAGCUGGGCACCUUGUCCUGCUGGCUAACAUGUAUGCUGGUGUUGGACAAUGGGAGCAGGCUGGGAAGGUAAGAGAAAGAGUAGCUGCCCUGAAUGCUGGAAAACCUGCAGGGACAAGCAGGGUGAAUCCGAACCAAUCCAGCAUGUUGGUACAUAGCAUGCUGGCAUGAGCCCAAUUGAUUCUGCAGUUUCGUUAACAAGACUUCGGAGGAAUCUAUGAGUAAGCAUGGGAGCUUGAAGAGAAAUGGCAAGCACAAAAUUAUUUGGUGUUCUCGUGAAUGCCUUGGGAAAAAAAAAAAAGGUUGAGCUGGGGCAAAAGUAUAGCAUGCAUUCCUGAUCUUCUGGUGAAGCCAUGAAAUUAUGCAGUAGUGUUGCUUCUUUUCAGCAGUUCCUCAUAUCACUCAAGAAGCUUGUUACAUGUACCGAUGCCAAGCGCAGCGGCGAGAUGCCAUGCAGCAUGGAUAUAGGGAGUCUCUGGGAAGCAAUCAUCAGCGAUGAACAGCGCGCCUCCUAACAGAGACGACAUCUUGUGCAGGUUAUGUGCCAUUCUGAGCUCUGGUUCAAUUGAUGCUCUUUUUGCAAAGGAAACCUGGCACAUAGAAAAUGCUAGAUCUUUAGAGAAGUCUAGAUUUAUGCAGCAAAUAUGCCUAGUGAUCGUUGAAAUGAUGAUUGGUUUUAUUUAGCCAAUAUGCCAUGCCAUUAAUAUUACUUGCCUCCAUCAUUCCAGUGUGAACAACUGAAACCAUCAAAGGCUGAAAUGGUAGGAGCAAUGCUGAUGCUGCCAUUAGUAAUCGCGGGUUCUCAUUCCGAAGUGCUCUUGAUAAACACUGCACAAAACACAGGCUUGUCACAAUGGCAUGAUUUGCAUCAGUCAGAUAAUGUAACAACAAUUAUCCAUCA